CACAAAAGUGGAGUAAUCUGAUAUUGGAGUAAGAAAUGUUGAGGUUAACACAUAUUUAUGGAUAGGAAUUAUCUUGCCCUGUGAGCCCUUGCCUACAAUUUCAUGUACAGAAAGGCUACUAUCACAUAUAGAAUACAACUAUGCACAAAACCUUUAUCUUUCUCACCAUAUUUAAUCCUGAAAUCUAAAAUCUUGUUUGUUUAAUUCUAUCAACAGUGGGGAAUUCACAAAAGUAGAGUAAACUAAUAAUGGAGUUUGUAAUAUUGUUGAAGUUAGAGGUACAUCAGCUCAAAAGUUUAAAGCCAAAUUUGCAUAGAAAAUGGGAUGGGCAUCCAAAGAACUCUGACACCGAAUCACUUGUGGAAUUCAGAGCAGGUGGAGCAGCUAAUAAAAUGGAUAGCACUAAGGUUGUUUCCACAUUCACACUGAGACCUUAUUAUGGUGCACAACAUACCCCUUAUAGCUAUGCACUCGGCAGCAGCACAGGUGAAUCUGUUAGUCAUUUGCUAAUCAGGACACCUGUUAAAGUGAUCCCAAAAAAACACUUUUUUUUUGUUAGGGACUGGGGACAUGUGUGAGAGCUGCUGUCAGAGGCUGUUGUCCACUGAUCAAAAAGAGCCAUUUCUCUCUCAUUGGCCAUUAAGUCCACUUUCCCCAGUCUACACAAUGGGACGGGUAGAGUUUUAUGCUCUCUGGUCUCUUCUGGAAGCUCCUCGCCAGCUAAUCAGCAAGGGUGGGCGAAUGAGUUUUCAGCUGCCUCUUCCACUGCCCCUUCCCAAGCAACUCAUUGUGUUUGGCCUUGGCGAAUGGAGCUCUUACACCAGGGACACUUGUAUCACAGUGCAGCUCGUAACUGGAGAGACACAGAAACAGCCUUUAGGCACACUGUCAGCUGACUCCAGGUUGGAUACCAGGUCCCUUGUGUGGGAAGGAGAAUGGAGUCGGAACAUUGUGAUGGAAUGUGUUAAGUUGGCUUCUCAAGGAAUUCCAGCAAAGCUUUCCCUUACAGUAACUGGGCAGGUGCUGAAAGCCCCAAAGUUCAGUAGCAGCACUCCAGCGAGAAGACGGCUAAGCGUGGGUGUUCUCAAGUCCCCUUUACUGUCUGAGAGUACCAUUGUACCUGUCAGAGCUCCAGAGGACAAGAGUCAGCCGGAAGAGGUCACAGAACUGGUAGUCGGUGGAAAAUUGAAAGAUUCUCCCCCUCUUAAAAAGGCAGCUGUAAAUCUGCCUCUCCACAGUAAACAGGGAGGAAAAGGUGGUCAGGGGAAUCUAAAGAAGUUGAACUGGAAGCCGAAGAACCCCCGUAGAUUACGCUUCAGCAGCAGAGGUUCUGAGGAAGGUUCUGAAGCAGAAGUGUGCCCUUCUCCACGGUGGUACCAUAGCAUCUGCCUUUGUGAUCCAGAGACUGCCAUUUUGAUUGGUGGGGAAGGAGCCAACCAGCAGCCCUACAGUGAUUUUUGGUUCCCCAUGGAUGAACUUUGUGCAGGCCCUUCCCCCCAGAGUUCUCGAGGCCACACUGCAACCUUUGACCUGGAGACAAAAAAAUUGUUUGUGUUUGGUGGUAUGAGGGAUCGAUGCAACUUUAACAAUGUGUACAUACUGGACACCGUGGAAUGGAAAUGGACACUGGUUACUGCAGUGGGGAAGGUGCCCACAUUGACCCACCACAGUGCUACAAUGUACCAGCGAGAGCUGUAUGUUUUUGGAGGACUAUGUCCACAGUCUGGGACAGAGAUUGGGGGCUGCAGCAACUCUCUUUAUAUCUUUAAUCCUGAUUACAAUAUCUGGUACCAACCCAUUGUGGAGGGUGAAAGGCCACUUCCCAGGUUUGGUCAUACUGCCACAUUGCUUGGGAAUCGUGUAGUGAUAUUUGGGGGGCGUCGUUCCCCUUCGCCAGUUUACCUAAAUGACCUUUACAUCUUGGACUUGGGGUACAUGGAAUAUUCAACAGUUUCUACUUCUGUGGAAAAACCUUCACCACGCAGUUUUCAUGCAGCAGUAAAGGUCUCUGAUCACAAGUUUCUGGUUCACGGAGGCUGCUCUUUGCUUGGGCCCCUUAGUGAUGCCUUCAUCUUUGAUAUAGAUACUUUAUCUUGGUGCUCUGUGAAGUUUGGGGAUUUGCCACCAAUGCCUCGAGCUGGUCACACUUUAUUGAACCUCACCUCAUCACAUCUGACAGAUGCUGAUAAAGAGAAGCACAAGGGACGUAGUAUUUGCAGUGUACUUAUCAUCGGAGGCUCAGAUGCUUCUGGAACUUUCUACUGUGACAACCCCAAACUGCAGUUGGAGCUUGACUGACCCUCCCCACCACAUUGUUAAACACAAAAACUAGAGCUUAAUUAGAAUAAAUCACUAAGAUUCUAUGAAAAUACCCAAUAGUUAUGUGCACUUGAAUUAUUUAGAUUAUUUAUAAAUCACAAAUGUCAUUUUAAUGGUUGUUGAAUCCCCUACAGAUCUUUGCUACUUCUUUGUUGUCACUUUCUUAUCUGAAAAACAACUUCAGGAUCCUUGUACAUAAAUGACAAGUUUAGCUGUGAUUAUGUAACUUCUGCAACAGUGACAGAGCAUACAGUUUCUGUAUAAAGCUGAAGAGGCAUAAGACAUGGUCUCUGUAGUAAAACAGAGAGGAGAGGAAGUGGAAAUAAGUUCUUCCUUUGGAGUAUGAAGAUAAGUGAGAAAGCACAGCUAAGCAAACAAAAAACCCAGCAAAGAAUGAAAGAUUAUAAACAUGAGUACAAUAUACUUGGAUUGGUUUAUGAAUAUCUGUGUGCUGUGAAGGCAUGGAGCACUAUAUAUGUAGUUGCAUGUUAGAUAUCAAGCACUGGAGUGGUUCAAAACCGUUAUGCCCUUUUGAUUUUUUGCAUCACACCCCUCUUCAUUAUUCAUGAAAUUUUAUUGUAAUAGUGACUUAUAAAAGUGGAAUGAAUCUGUCAAAGCUGAGCAAGCGUCAUUUAAACCAGCAAAACUGGAGCCUUAUCCAGCAAGACAGAGAUGGAUGAAGUUAUGCUCUAAGUUCCUCAGGCGUAUCAGGCUGGCGAGAUGGGUGGCUAACCUGAAAUGCUUCCAUCUGCAGUAGAGACUCAUUAAUCCUUACAAUGGUGGGAUAUGGGGAAAGGUCGACCUUGAACCUGAAAGAUUUUUUUUUUAAAAAAAGUAAUAACAGCAGUGAAAAUGUGUAAGAGGCACUACAUGCAAUAAAAAAAACAUUUUUGAUGAAGUUUUGAUUGGAAAAAACUAGCCUCAAGUUUACCAACUCAGGUUUACUGAAAUAUUAUAUAUAUUUGUUAAAAUACUGCUGUUUGAGUUAGUGGGCUACAUUAUUACUAUUAUUAUUAUUACAUGGAUAAAGCCAUAGUUGGACUGGCCCAAUGGUAGAAAUUACUGGUAGGCUCUGGAUUUGUGCAUUGUUUUCAUAGUAAAAGAAACCGUGAAUGUGUUUCUUUAAAGAAAUUAUUUGAAGAAAUUACUGAUAUAAGAUGCUUGGGGAAGCCAAAUUGUAAAAGAAAAUCAAGGGAAAAAGAUAGGAAAGCUAAUUUAAUAUUGGGGUGAUGGUGUCAAGGAAAAGACACACAAAAUGUAUUGCCCUUUCUAAUCAGAACAAUCCAGCAAAACUGUUAUUUACUGGGCUGGAAUGCUGGG